UACGGUUGGCGAGAAUCGAUCAUUUUGUACAUUGCUUAUGCGCUCGGCACUGGUUUCAUUUCAAAAUUUACUAAAAUAAUCGUACUUGAGUGUUGCUUUAUUAAUAUGGAACAACCUAUAGCUACAUUUGUUGCUCACAUAACUGACAUAGAUAUCAAUACGAAAAUAGCUAUUGAACAGAUUAUCUAAGAUCUGCCAUUGUUUUAAACAAAAGAGAUCUCGUCACCUUUUCAAAUUUUUCAUAACGUACGUGUCACAAAAACGGACGGUAAUCAAUACACAUACCGAAAAGAACUGGAAAUGCAAGAUUCCUGUGGAGGAAGGAUGUUGUCAUGCCAACGAAAUGCGUAUCAACAAGCUUGGUUACAAAGCCGCAAAAACAAAAGAGACGACAUUGAAGAUUGGAUAUCGGAUCGAAAACUUAUAAUCUCUGUUGCUUUUCUAUAAUACAAGACAUAUUUUGAAUUACUGUCUUUACAGUGAUGAAAUUUGAGUCGAAGAUGUCUUAUUCUCCUUCAAAAACAAGGGCAAGUGUGUUUGAUAAAGUGAAGAUGGGCAAUGCAGCAAAACUGGAGAUGGAAACACGCAAGAUGGAGGAAAGGAUCAGAGCAUUGAAAGAAAAGAUGAUGAAAGAGAAAGAAGAAAGAGAACGUCUUGGUGGGGUGCGUUGGAUGUCAGGAGCUAAAGGACCAAUGGCAAGAAAACCUGUGAAGAAACCAAACUUGAAGAAAGGUGCCAGUGGAUUGGCACCAAGAAAAAUUAAAGUUCUUACUGACGAACCAUUUGAGCACUACAUCAGAAAAAUCCAACCAGUUACUGAAAAUGCGACGGCAACUUUCGGUCAAUGCGAAAGAACUGCUUCUGAUUGGGGCGUCGAUGCGAGAGACAGUGCAAAACAAAGCAUUUCGCCGAAAAAGGACAGUUUUGAUUCUCGAUUUAACAAGCACCAUGGAGUAUCGACAAAUACAACAACGGAAAAUAAUCACGGUAAUGGCGGAUCUUCAUUACUAAACGGAUCUUACAAUGAAGAAGAGAGUGCGAAUUCGUUUGCCCAGGCCUUGCUUGAGUGGCGAAAUGGAAACAACAAAGCUUGUGUCACUCCCGAGAACGGAGUUAUUCUUAAAGAAACGUCUUGUGGAACAGCAACCGACGGCUUGGCGAUCAGCAAUGAUAACAAAUUGAACAUAAAGUUCAAUUCGUCCAUUUCCUACGGUGACCGUUUGUACUUGAGAAAGAAUCGGGUGGACGGUCUCGCUGGGUGCGUGUUAGAAAAGAAGAGUAGUAAUGGCGCGAGUCUAUUGAAAAAUAGCGAAAACACUCAGGAUUUGUUGCAUGAAAACGUAGAGAGCGAGCUGCACGAAAAAGUUGUCGAUAACUUUGCUCAGGACUAUGGCGAAAUGAUCCGAAAUCUAUCAAGUGAUAAAAUGAAUGCUGAUAUCACAACAAUAAGUAACGAUGUUGAAGAGUCGCACGCUGUUUCAGUACAAGAGAUUUCGACUGAGUCGCGUCUUUCUGAUGAUCCAGACGGUACCUGUAUCGUAGAGGAGUAUGAUGAGUUGAACGAGGACACUGACACCAGACCGAUGUCCAGACAGGGCACUGUUACCAUAUGUGAAAUGUUCCCUUCUGCAGACAACACGAUAAACACUUCGAGCAUAGCUGACGAUCUCAGCUAUGUUUCCCCAUCCAUAGUUUCAAGACCUUUCUUUUUGAAGCCAAGUAAGGCAUCCUCUGUUUCCUUUAAUAGCUCGUCUAAGCAACGGAUCUCUAGAGAACGUAAAAAAUCACACUGUGUUAAGAAUGGAGCGAACGAUAGCGUGAAAAAGAAACAUCGCCAUUCAAACUCAUCUAAGGAUGGUGGUGGACGAAGAAAACUGUCAGAAAAUCGCGAUGAACCGGGAGCAGUUUGUACUUAUGGUGCUGAAGAAUCUGGAUUAUCAAAUAUUGAUCUGAGAACACCUCAACCAUCUUUUUAUCCAAAAGAUGAGAAAAGAGAAUCGACCUCUUUGAUUAAAAUUCCUAGACCACCGUCCCGUCCAUUUUCCUCUUCCUUUAAGAGAAAGAAAACGAGAAUCCCGACUCGAAAAGCAUGGAUGCCGAAACCUUCACAUCGGGAGUUGACGUCGUUCUUUCUUGCUGGCGUCGACACGGAAGAGCAGCCCCAAAAAGAAAUCCCUCCUCACAAGCCAAGAUCUUCAUCUGGUCCGCUGACCCUUCUCGGUCGUGGCUCAACUAUAUCAACGUGGAGACCGGUAGACAGCUAUGUUCAAACGUCCACACCGGAUCUCGUGAACAUGAUGUCAUUUAAAACGAGGGAUGUGGGGAAAGCAGUCGAAGAUUGUCGUAGUACCAGGCAAACAGCUGGGGAGACAACGAAAAACAUAAAUUAUGAAGAGUUGACCAACGAUGUCAUUGAGAGAAAAGGCGAUAUUAGGCACUCGAAAGACUCCAAGAAAGAAAACUCGAGCCACAAGGGAGAUAAUUUGUUUGAAGUUUCACAACUUGAUGACUUCGGAACUGGUAAUCAAAGUGAUGACGAUAUCGCAACAUUGGAUGAACUGGCCUGGGAACUAGCUUCGUCAACUGGUAGAUUGACUAGAUGCGAAGAGGAUUUCAGCAUUGAAAGCGACGAGGACAGUAUUGAAAACAAUGUAGAAGAGUUCGGGCUGAGUACUCCGUUUGCUUUAGAAAGAACGUUACGAGAAAGUAUUAUGGAUGAUUUUGAAGAAAUGGAGAAAAAAUUCAUGGAAGAUCUUUAACAUCGGCCAGUUUCCUGGAAGGCCUAUCACACUUCUACAUAUCCAUGACAACUAUAUAUCCAUGACAACUUCCACGUCAUUUUAUGAUAGCACAAGCUCGCGGUGGCCCCAAAAUUUCAAACAAAGAAAAAAGGAUCUCUCUAUGUGCAGUAAUCCGCACAAAUUAUCACAUUGUCCAUUUGUGUUUUUGCGUUUUGGAAGACAAAAUUUAAGAUAUAAUUUAGUAAUCGUUACUGAUUUAUCAUUCAAUGCAGUGUGAUGUAUAAAUAUAAACAGCCUACUGCAGUGUUCAAAUUUUGAAAAAUUCGUUCACUGUUUUAUUAGCAUACUGCAUUUUUUCCCUUUUGUAAUGAGGUUACUUGAUGACUGCCCACCAACCCACGAAAGCGUCGAACAAUUUUGCAUAUUCAUACCAGGCAAUUGAUAUAAAAUGUUUUAGGAAAGAUGCUCUGGUAAAAUUCCAUGUUCAUGUUGGAAGUCAUGAAAUAUGUUGUAAUACACAGAUGCACCAAAGAACUACAAAAGAUGACAGAGAGAGGAUCUAUGAAAAAUUUUACACGACGAUCGUGGAAGUGCUGUGCUGCGUUAAAUGACUCUAACGAGAUAUAACUAAUGUAAGAAAACGCAGAGUCACUGACAGAUGUUCACUAUUGUUUUAACUCUGCUCUUAUUUGCUUGUCCUUUUCUUACAAUACAGGCUGAGAAAACGUCGUAGUGAACAAGUCGCCGUUUCGUUUUGCUAGUAGUUGAUCCGGGUAUUUUUGUCAGUUACUUCGUGCAGUCAAAUUUUUCAGUUAUUUCAUAUCAUGAUAUUUACGCGCCACACUCUCUUUCCUGCAAAUCCACUGCUAUUUCUUGUCUAUAGUACACCGAUUUAAUGAUUGAUGUUUUGCUCAUUAAAAGAUAUAGAAUACGAGUGGAGUUUUAUACAAUAUAUACAACAUUUAUGUAGUAUUGCCAUUUGCAACACGCUUGACUGUCGCUUAGUUUUGGAAGACAACGAAUAAAGAACAACCGUACAUUAACCAAACAAUGAAUCAACCGAAUAAACAAAAACUAAUAGAAAAAUAAACACAUGUAAAAAUAUUCGUAGCUACAAUAUUUUGAUAUAACCUUACUGAAUGCGCUUUGCUUUCAA